GUCUACCACCAGCUCAAAUCAGCGCUCUGGAACCUGACGUGAGCGAUGAACGAGGUGCUUCCACUUGGUGCCAUCCUGCUCAAGAAAGCCUCGGACUCUCUCCAUUCAUCCAGGGCUGGCGAUGAGCCAGUAGAAGUGCCUCAUUCAACCCAUCCAUCCAGGACCCCUUGCUGCGUCUCGGCUGUCUGGUGUCUGGCUGCUGCGUCUGCGUCUAGGUAGCUUCCACGCCAUCCCAUUUGCGACUAACCGUCUGCAGCCAACCAACAUCCAGUCCGCCGACCAUAGAAUCACCUCAGCGGACAGCAGAGGCGCCUGUCCUGUCUCUCUCCAGAUCCUCUUUUCCUGGA